AUGCCCCCAACCAGUGUCACCAGGCAAGCACCCCACGACCAUCACACCUCCUCCUUCAUGCUUCACGUGCUGGCCAGUUUCCGAGGGACUGUCCAGCAUGGCCUCCCCCUGGAAAUUGGAGACACGGUGCAGAUCCUGGAGAAAUGUGAAGGCUGGUACCGAGGGUUUAUCCUGAAGAAUCCAAAUGUCAAGGGGAUCUUCCCAUCCAGCUACAUCCACUUGAAGAAUGCCCACGUCAAGAAUAAAGGGCAAUUUGAGACAGUCAUCCCUGUCGAAGACUCCGUCAUCACAGAGAUGACAUCGACGCUGCGAGACUGGGGUGCCAUGUGGAAACAACUCUAUGUGAAGAAUGAGGGGGAUUUGUUCCACCGACUUUGGCACGUGAUGAAUGAAAUCCUGGACCUGAGGAGGCAGGUGCUGGUGGGCCACCUCACCCAUGACCGCAUGAGGGACGUCAAGCAGCACAUCACAGCGAGAUUGGACUGGGGCAACGAACAACUCGGCUUGGACCUGGUCCCCAGGCGAGAGUUCAGCAUGGUGGACCCAGACGAAAUCAGCGUCACAGAGCUUUACAGACUGAUGGAACACCGGCAUCGCAAGAAGGAGACCGCUGCGCCUGCUAGCACCCAUCACUUGUUCGUCCACAUGAAGAGCCUGAUGAGCGCCAAUCUGGGGGAGGAGCUAGAAGUCUUCUUCCACAUUUAUGAUGGGCGGGAGAACCGGCCCCUCAGCGAAAGGUUCUUUGUCAAGCUGAAUAAGGGCGGGUUGCCAAAGUCGCCAGAGAAGACAGAAAGACAAUGCACGCUAUUUGUGGAUUUGGGAAGCAGUGAUCUACGAAAAGAUGUUUACAUCGUUGUACACAUCAUAAGAAUAGGGAGAAUGGGAGCAGGCGAGAAGAAGAAUCUGUGUAGUGUGCAAUACAGGCGGCCGUUUGGCUGUGCUGUUGUCAGCAUCGCCGAUCUCCUCACUGCUGACUCCAAGGAUGACCACCUGCUCAAGGUUUAUGCGUGUAACACUGAGAGUGAGUGGCACCAGAUCCAUGAGAACAUCAUUAAGAAGGCAAACUCCAGGUACAACCUGUCGGGCUCCAACACCGGUCUGGCAGUGGCUCUUCAGCUCCUCCACGGGGACAUCGAUCAGCUGAGACGGGAGUACAUGGUCCUCUUCGCACGGGGUGUGUCCAUCACUAGGAAACUGGGAUUCUCUGAUGUCAUCAUGCCAGGAGAGAUGAGGAAUGACCUUUACAUCACGCUGGAGAAAGGCGAGUUUGAGAAGGGUGGGAAGAGCGUAGCCAGGAACGUAGAGAUCACCGUAUAUGUGCUGGAUAUCGAUGGACAAAUCCUCAAGAGUCAUGUGGCUGCUGGUUCCGGUGAACCAGGUGGGGAUGACUACCACUCCCUAGUGCUGUACCACAACAACAGCCCCCGCUGGGCGGAGCAGAUCAAACUGCCCAUCCCGGUCGACAUGUUUCGGGGAUCGCACGUCCGGUUUGAGUUCAGACACUGCUCCACUAAAGACAAGGGAGAGAAGAAACUGUUUGGCUACUCCUUUGUUCCUCUGAUGCAGGAGGAUGGCAGGACUCUGCCAGAUGGCACCCAUGAGCUCAUUAUCCAUAAGUGCGAGGAGAAUACCAGCUUGGCCGACUGUUCUCGUUACCUGAAGCUGCCAUUCUCCAAGGCCAACCUCCCGUCCAACAACCAGACUCUGAAAGGCACCAAAGAGUCUUUCUGGAUCACCAGCUUUCUCUGCUCCACCAAGCUUACACAGAAUGGUGAUAUGCUGGACCUGUUGAAGUGGCGAGCCCACCCCGAAAGGAUCAACGACAGCCUCUCUAAGCUGAAGGAGAUCGAUGGCUCUGAGAUUGUUAAAUUUCUACAGGACACCCUGGACACUCUGUUUGGUAUUCUGGAUGAAAGCUCUCAGAGAUAUGGGCUCAAGGUGUUUGAUUCACUGGUCCAUAUCAUCAACCUCCUCCAGGACAGCAAAUUCCAGCACUUCAAACCAGUCAUGGACACCUACAUCGAGAGCCACUUUGCUGGAGCUUUGUCCUACAGGGACCUGAUCAAAGUACUGAAGUGGUACGUGGACCGCAUUAUUGAUGCAGAACAUCAGGAUCACAUACAGCAGGUGCUCAAGGCCAGCGAGUACAUCUUCAAGUACAUUAUCCAGUCUCGCCGGCUCUUCUCAUUGGCCACGGGAGGCCAGAACGAGGAGGAGUUCCGAGUCUGCAUCCAUGAACUCUUCAUGUCCAUUCGCUUCUUCCUUUCGCAGGAAAACAAAGGCACCAGUCCCGUCGCACAAACGUAUGAGGCGGUGUUCCUGCGGACAUUCCCGGCAGUUUAUGGCGAGCUGUUGAAGAUCUUCACAGUACGGGAGGUGGCCGACUUUGUCAGGGAGACGCUGGGCUGCCUGCCAACCACCGUCCACGCUGACUGCCCCCUGGAGGCUGUCAAACUGCAGUGCAUUGCCAAGACGGUGGAAAGCCAGCUUUACAUUAACCCAGAGUCACGUUGUAUCCUGUUGCCGGUGGUGCUCCGGGUCCUCCAGGCACACAUGCAGGAGCAGAGAGACCUGGUCAUGUGUGCUCGCAUCCUCACCAGCAUGCUGUCCCUCAUCAAGAAGGAGGAAAACGGCACAGCGGAGCCGGUGGUCUCAAAAGAGGUGGAACUAAUUGUAGAAAGCCUGCUGGGAGUUUUACUGAGGACCAUCCUGGAAAUUAGCAACCGGCCCCAGCCUGCUGGACCUGCCAUGAGACUACAGUUCCAGGAUGUCACUGGAGAGUUUGUGGCAUGUUUGCUGGCCCUUCUGCGACAGAUGAGCGACAGACACUACCAGCAGCUGUUGCAGGCGUUCAGCAGCAAAGACAACCUGAGGGACUUUCUUCUUCAGAUCUUCACAGUCUUCAGGAUCCUAAUCCGACCAGAAAUGUUUCCUAAAGACUGGACCGUGAUGCGAUUGGUCACCAACAACGUCAUCAUCACAACUGUCCUCUAUCUUUCUGACGCUUUGAGGAAAAACUUCCUCAAUGACAAGUUUGACUACAAGGUGUGGGACUCGUACUUCUACCUGUCUGUAAUAUUUAUCAACCAGCCCUGUCUUCAGCUGGAAUCCUUCUCUCCCUCCAAGAGGAAGAAGAUACUGGAAAAGUAUGGAGACAUGAGGGUGAUGAUGGGCUGUGAGAUCUUCAGCAUGUGGCAGAAUUUAGGGGAGCAUAAGCUGAACUUCAUCCCCGCCAUGAUUGGUCCAUUCCUGGAGGUGACGCUGGUGCCUCAGCCUGAUCUGAGGAAUGUCAUGAUCCCCAUCUUCCAUGACAUGAUGGACUGGGAGCAGAGACGCAGUGGCAAUUUCAAACAGGUGGAGGCCAAGCUGAUCGACAAGCUGGACAGCCUGAUGUCCGACGGCAAAGGCGAUGAGACAUACAGGGAGCUCUUCAACAGCAUCCUGCUGAAGAAGAUUGAGCGAGAGACCUGGCGAGAGAGUGGGAUCUCUCUGAUCGCUACAGUCACUCGCUUAAUGGAGAGAUUGCUAGACUAUAGGGAUUGUAUGAAGCUGGGAGAAGUGGAUGGAAAAAAGAUUGGAUGUACUGUCAGUUUACUGAACUUCUACAAAACUGAGCUGAACAAAGAGGAGAUGUACAUCCGCUACAUUCACAAACUGUACGACCUGCACCUGAAAGCACAAAACUACACAGAGGCAUCGUACACCCUGCUGCUGUAUGAUGAGUUAUUGGAAUGGUCAGACAGGCCACUGCGAGAGUUCCUCAACUACCCCAUGCAGAGCGAGUGGCAAAGAAAAGAGUAUCUGCAUCUCACCAUCGUCCAGAACUUCGACAGGGGGAAGUGUUGGGAGAAUGGCAUCAUCCUGUGCAGAGAACUGGCUGACCAAUAUGAGUCUUACUACGACUACAGGAACUUGAGCAAGAUGAGGAUGAUGGAAGCCUCUCUCUAUGACAAGAUCAUGGACCAGCAAAGACUAGAACCUGAAUUCUUCAGAGUGGGUUUCUAUGGAAAGAAGUUCCCUUUCUUCUUACGGAAUAAGGAGUUUGUGUGCCGCGGCCAUGACUACGAGAGGCUGGAGGCUUUCCAGCAGCGGAUGCUCAACGAGUUCCCCCACGCCAUCGCCAUGCAGCACGUCAACCAGCCAGACCAGACCAUAUACCAGGCAGACGCACAGUACCUGCAGAUCUAUGCUGUAACCCCCAUCCCAGAGAGUCAGGAUGUGCUGCAGAGAGACGGAGUGCCUGACAACAUCAAAAGCUUCUACAAGUUCAAUCACAUCUGGAGGUUCAGAUAUGACCGGCCCUUUCACAAGGGCACCAAAGACAAGGAGAAUGAGUUUAAGAGCCUUUGGGUGGAGAGGACAACCCUGACUCUGGUCCAGAGUCUUCCAGGCAUCUCCCGCUGGUUUGAAGUGGACAAGAGAGAGCUGGUGGAGGUAAGCCCACUGGAGAACGCCAUCGAGGUGAUCGAGAACAAGAACUUACAACUACGCACAUUGAUCACCCAGUGUCAGAGCCGGCAGAUGCAGAACAUCAACCCCCUUACCAUGUGCCUCAACGGGGUCAUCGACGCCGCUGUCAACGGGGGGCUGGCCCGCUACCAAGAGGCCUUUUUCGUGAAGGACUACAUUAUGAAUCACCCAGAGGACGGCGAGAAGAUCGGGCGACUGAGAGAACUCAUGUUUGAGCAGGCGCACAUCCUGGAGUACGGCCUGGCUGUGCAUGAGAAAUUCAUUCACCAGGACAUGAGGCCUCUCCACAAGAAGCUAGUGGACCAGUUUCAUCUAAUGAAAUCCAGUCUUGGCAUACAGGAGUUUCCAGCUUAUGUGCGCGCAAGUCCUGUGCACUUCACCAACGGGAGCCCGCGAACAUGCAGGAACUCUGUGCCCAACAUCAUUAGCCCAGACGGUGGCAGAGGGGUUGCCAGGCGGAGCUACCCUGCGGUGAACCGCUACUCCUCAUCGUCUCUGUCGUCUCAGGCGUCCAAUGAAGUCAGUAAUAUCACAGGGCAGUCCGAGAGUUCGGAUGAAGUCUUCAACAUGCAGCCCAGUCCGUCUACCUCAAGCCUCAGCUCCAACCAUUCUGCCUCGCCCAAUGUCACCAGCUCAGCCCCCUCCAGUGCCAGAGGUUCGCCUCAGAUGGCAGAGAAACACAAGCAUUCCAGAGAAAAUGCCUGCCUGUCUCCACGAGAGAGACCAGUCAGCGCCAUCUUCCCCAACCCCCUAGACCCUGCACAGAGAGCUCCUCCUCAUCAGAUAGGCGAUACCACUUUACCAAGGAGUGACCCCAACCUCUCAGCACCAGACAAAGUGAGACCCACACCCAGUAGCUGGAGCCUUGACAGUGUCAAAGUGGGCGCUCCAUCCUUCUCUGACUCUGUUGGCAAAUUGCUAUGCCCUCCCGUACCUCCUAGGCCACCGUACUCAGCAGGCUCCUCGGCUAAAAGCAUGAGGUCGCAGUCCCCUGUCUCCAUGUCAAGAUCGCCACAAAAGGUUGUGCCACCUUCUCACCCCUUCGCCCACGAGCAUGCCAGUGCCCACCAGCUGGUCUCCAACUCCCCCGUCUCUCCGCAAGCUAACAGCAGUGGCAUUCCUCCCUCAGGCCCGCUGCAGCGUGUCAAAGCUGUCCACCGAGCGCCCUCAGGCGACCACCCGUCCCACGCUCUCCCACCACCCAGCAGCUCGGACGAGCCGAUCCGCAGAGAGAACAAGACCCCGCCUCCCUACAGCGUGUACGAGAGGAACAACCCCCGCAGGCCUGUGCCGCUGCCCCACAGUCUCUCCAUCCCCCCACAGACGGACCCCCCGGCCCUGCCACCCAAGCCUCACCAGCUCCGCACAGGCAGCAUGAAGCUGGACGGAACCUCCGACCCUCGAGUCCCCAGACCAAGGCCCCUGCCCAGGAAGGUGUCCCAGCUAUAGGUGCUGGUCCAGGUCUGGAGCUUGAAGAAACACACUGGCGUAUUUUGCACUUUUCUACUGGGCACUCACUUGUUUUUUGUGAUCUUCAGUUUGGCAUUCCUGACCUACACAAUAAAAGACACAGGCCUAUAGAUUAACAGGCAGUCAAAAAAAAACUGAAGAAACUGACAAAUAAUGAAAGUUUCUUUUUGUAUUUGCUAGAGGGCAUUGCAUUGACUUUGACUUGGUCAUUCCGCACUUUUAGCUCUAGUACGUACAAUAGGUCACCACGGUCAGCCGCAACAUAUGUUUACCAGAACAGUCUAGAAAAACACAGUUUUGAUAGAUGUAAUAAUCUGAAAUAUAUGUAUAUUGGUAUAUAUGAGAAUUGUUUUUGCCUUAAGUAUCAGAGUCUUUUAUCCGUGGGUCUUGCACGUUUUUCUUUUUCUUUUUUAAACAACUCUGUACAUUUGUAUACUGUAUGGCUAAAAAGGUGCUAGAGGCCUUGAGUAUGCAUUUCAGUGAAGUGUAGUAGACAAGGUUGUGUUCCCAUAGUCAUAUCCACACAAGCAAUGGCACAAAAAAGUUGAACUUAACAAAACUAUAUUAUGACUAAAUAAUACAAUUUUAACAAAUUUUUAUGCAGCGAUAAACAGUUUAGGUAAAGGUAACUUUGGAACGGUAACGAAGCAGUUUUGAGGCUUAUUUAACUCCGUGUGGUUAUCUGUAAAUCAGAAAACUAGAGAGGUCUUCAGUGGGGAGUUGCCACCUUAACAAACCACUCUACUGCCCUUCUCUCUCUAGAGUUUUAAAAUCUGCCUCUUACCUUUCACACCAAAAUGUUUCCCCCAUUAAUAAUGAAAUCACGAGCCUGGACCAAACACACGAGCAAACGUUGGUGCAAUUGCAUGCUUAGAAGCUGGACGUUGCCAUUUCUGUGAACAUUUCUGUGAACACACCCUAUCCCUCCUGCAUGAUGUACAUGACAACAGAUCUUUAGGGGAGGGGGGAGGGGAGGGGUUACCAAGUAUUGUGCCAAAGGAAAAUGUACAAUGUGCUGUAAAGAAACUUUUUUUUUUUUUAAACUGGGACCUGGAAUCAAGAAGCUUGGAAAUGCUCAGCUGAAAAGACAUUUUUAAGAAAUAAUUUUUAAACUGAUUUUACCCCCAAAAAAAAUCCUAAUUAAACUGAUUGAACAGAUAUAACUCAAGACAAGCACAAACAAGACUUUAUCAUCUGUAUAAUGACCAGUACUGUUAUGGACUCUAUUUAACAAAGCAGUAAUUGGAACAGAGUUUCACUGUCAGCAGUCACCCUAAAACACACAAGGACUGACACUCUAUUGAAGAAAUAUUUACAAACUAAUCAUUGUCAAAUAUUUGUACAGUUGAGAUUUACUUUGUGUUUGAUUAAAAAGAUGGACGUGAGUUGACUGCGCUAUAAACAGUUGCUCAGUUCAACCACAAUGCAUUGCUGCAGUGAAGUAAGUGUUCUGUGGCAGGCAGAUUUCACAUCGUUUUGUAAGAUAGAGAAAAUUUUGGCAUAAAAUCUGAAAUCUUAAAUCCGUGCAACAUUUUUUUGGGGUGGGGGGAAUUAGCUUUAGUAUUGUUUGUAUGUUUCAUUUUUGUAUGGUUAAUUUACUUUUUGAUUUGUUGUGAAUUUUUGAGAUUAAAUAUUCACAUUAAUCAGUACUUGAGAAACCUGUAAAUUAUAUGAUGAGAUUAAUGUAAGUAUGCCAAAUAUAAAAUUUGUGUAUUGCAAUUAAUGUAAAUACUGUGUUUUUAACAAAAUGUAGCUAUAACAAUUUACAGCUUUGAAUGUAAUGUUGAAGCAGCAAAUUAUUAUUAUAAAUGUUCAAACUUUUAUGGUUUUGUGAGUGUAGAAAAACUAAGGUCAUGCAUAAUGACACCUAACACAUUUACAAGUUCAAUAAACUGCCCUAUGUAAUA